AUGGCCGCCUCUGGGAACAACAAGUUCGGCCUUACGUGCGCUCAGGUGCGGCAGUUCAUGAUGGAGCGGAACAGGCAGGUGCGGAUGGGUGACCUCGUCGGCUCCUCCUCGUUCCAGAGGCCACUGCAACUGACCCCGGUCCCUGUAGCGACGGGGCCGGCGGGGACCUGGGACACCGGCGCCACGACCUUGUCGCUGUUCCCCGCCGGCACUGGCACGGAGAUCAUCAGGCCAGAGGAGACCAAGGCCACCCUGACCAUCUUCUACCAGGGGCAGGUGGCCACGUUCCACGACUUCCCGGCAGACAGAGCCAAGGACCUCCUGCAGAUGGCAGGUUCUGUGACCGGGAAGGCGCCGGAGAAGGGGUUCUUGCAGAUGGCAGGUUCUGUGACCGUGAAGUCGCCGGAGAAGGUGGUGAUGACCGCCGUGCCAGAAAAGGCGGAGACCAGUGAUGAGCCAUCGGCUGCAGGGGCAGGCAUGCAGCCCAUCGCAAGGAAGCUGACGCUACAGAGGUUCCUUAGGAAGAGGAAGAACAGGAACGCUGGCACUGACGACCCUGACCACAACGAGGAUGCUUCGCCGUGGAAGAAGAGAGACUCCGCCGGCGCCGGCAACAACCCCGCGGAAGACGUGCCUGAUGAUGCCUCGUGGCUCAGGCUCUGA